ACAUACUUUAUAUUGGUAUUUUGUUCUGUUGUUUAAUUUAGACUGUGGUUCUACUCCAACCAUCCUGAAUGGGGUGUACAUGCUUUUAAACACAACAAACACCGCGUACGGAUCGCUUGCAAAUGUGACAUGUGAUGCUGGAUAUGAAUCGAACGUUAGCCAGGUUAUGUGCCAGGCAAAUGCAACGUGGGGACAUGCAAACUGUAUUCCAAAAGACUGUGGUUCCACACCAGUCAUCCUGAAUGGAGCAUACAAUCUUCUAAACACAACUAACACCACGUACGCGUCGCUAGCAAAUGUGACAUGUGAUGUUGGAUAUGAAUCAAACGUUAGCCAGAUUAUGUGCCAGGCAAAUGCGACGUGGGCAACAGCCAAAUGCAUUCCUAAUGACUGUGGUGCCGUUCCCGCCGUUUUAAAUGGGAGAUACACGCUUCUAAAUACAACAAACACCACGUACGGAUCGCUUGCAAAUGUGACAUGUGAUGCUGGAUAUGAAUCGAACGUUAGCCAGGUUAUGUGCCAGGCAAAUGCAACGUGGGGACAUGCAAACUGUAUUCCAAAAGACUGUGGUUCCACACCAGUCAUCCUGAAUGGAGCAUACAAUCUUCUAAACACAACUAACACCACGUACGCGUCGCUAGCAAAUGUGACAUGUGAUGUUGGAUAUGAAUCAAACGUUAGCCAGAUUAUGUGCCAGGCAAAUGCGACGUGGGCAACAGCCAAAUGCAUUCCUAAUGACUGUGGUGCCGUUCCCGCCGUUUUAAAUGGGAGAUACACGCUUCUAAAUACAACAAACACCACGUACGGAUCGCUUGCAAAUGUGACAUGUGAUGCUGGAUAUGAAUCGAACGUUAGCCAGAUUAUGUGCCAGGCAAAUGCGACGUGGGCAACAGCCAAAUGCAUUCCUAAUGACUGUGGUGCCGUUCCCGCCGUUUUAAAUGGGAGAUACACGCUUCUAAAUACAACAAACACCACGUACGGAUCGCUUGCAAAUGUGACAUGUGAUGCUGGAUAUGAAUCGAACGUUAGCCAGGUUAUGUGCCAGGCAAAUGCUACGUGGAGACAUGCAAACUGUAUUCCAAAAGACUGUGGUUCCACACCAGUCAUCCUGAAUGGAGCAUACAAGCUUCUAAACACAACUAACACCACGUACGCGUCGCUAGCAAAUGUGACAUGUGAUGUUGGAUAUGAAUCAAACGUUAGCCAGAUUAUGUGCCAGGCAAAUGCGACGUGGUCAACAGCCAAAUGCAUUCCUAAUGACUGUGGUGCCGUUCCCGCCGUUUUAAAUGGGAGAUACACGCUUCUAAAUACAACAAACACCACGUACGGAUCGCUUGCAAAUGUGACAUGUGAUGCUGGAUAUGAAUAUAACGUUAGCCAGGUUAUGUGCCAGGCAAAUGCAACGUGGGGACAUGCAGACUGUAUUCCAAAAGACUGUGGUGCCAUUCCCGCCGUUUUAAAUGGUAUAUACACGCUUCUGAACACAACAAACACCACGUACGUUACGCAAGUCAUCCAGAAUGGAGCAUACACGCUUUUAAACACAUCAAACACAAAGUACGGAUCGCUAGCAAAUCUUACAUGUGAUGCUGGAUAUGAAUCUAACGUUAGCCAGAUUAUGUGCCGUGAAAAUGCUACGUGGGGACAUGCAGACUGUAUUCAAAAAGACUGUGGAUCCACACCAGUCAUCCAGAAUGGAGCAUACACGCUUUUAAACGCAUCAAACACAAAGUACGGAUCGCUAGCAAAUGUGACAUGUGAUGCUGGAUAUGAAUGGAACGUUAGUCAGAUUAUGUGCCAGGCAAAUGCGACGUGGGGACAUGCACAUUGUGUUCCAAAAGAUUGUGGUCGCCUGGAUAACCCUCAACAUGGUGAUAUUCGAAACCCGAUGAACACUUCUACGUAUGGUACCAUAGUGACCUUUACGUGUACUAAUGGGUACACACUGACAGGAUCAAGUGUUAGAAGGUGCGAUGUGACCGGUCAAUCAGUUGCGUGGAAUGGGACCAUAACGACUUGCGUCAUUAAAGAAUGCGGACCUCUUUCGAAACCUGACAAUGGUGAUGUUGUACUAAAUGCCGGUACAAAAUUUGAAGCUGUUGCUAACUACAGUUGUAACGAGGGAUUUAAACUGGUUGGUGAUACAUCUAGAAUUUGUCAAAAUACGGGCACGUGGUCUGGAGUACAACCAACAUGCGCUAAAAACGGAAGCCAAAUAGUAGUGUGUACUGCAAAUACCGAUAGUCGAGGUAUGGACUGGGGUGAGGUUUUAGCGGGAGAAAUGCGAACGCAAUCGUGUGAGGCCGGUUUUACAGGUAAUGUUACAAGGAAGUGCCUGGAGGAUGGGAAGUGGCAGCUUCCAAAUUACAACUGUAUUAGACCUGCCGUGAACAACGUGCUUAUUGUGGUUGACAGCUUACAAGCUAAUUCCACGACGUCUGAUGUAGUAGACGCGUUGACUCAAAUAGCAAAUGUGACAAAUCAAGAUCAGCAAACAAAUGCAUCUUCACUACUGACCAAUGCCGAGAUCAUCUCGAUAUCGAGUUCACUGGAAACUGUCGCAAACCUUGUAGAAGAGAAAGGCUUAGUUACACCAGAUGUUGCCAAGAACUUUUUCAAGUCUGCAAGUAAUUUAUUAGAUGACAAAAACAAGGGGUCCUGGCAGUCUAUGCAAGAAUCGAAAAGCAAUGGCGGAGAAAGGGUUUUAUCUUCAGUCGAUAAAUUGGGCGAAGCACUAAGGAAUAAAAUACAAAACGGAACCGAUGGAUUUAAUACUUCAACCACCAUUAUUGAAACGAACGUCGCCAUAGAAGUGAAGAAAGUAAAGAAGCAGGAUGUUAAAUUCCCUACAACCAGCAUUACCAUCGAAAGCUCAAAAGAUGACUGGGUUAAAGACUCGCAAAGCAGUAUUCGUCUUGACGCCGAAGCAUUAGGCAACACUGACGUCGUCGUGACAGCUAUAAUGUACAAGGAUAUGAGUGACAUAUUACCAACCAGUUCAGAAGACAUCACUGUCUCUACAAGUGACAGAGUGUUGAACGGACCCGUUCUUUCGUUUUCCAUAUUUCCGAGGGUUGAAAAUCUAGAUCCGCCUGUCACGAUUGUCUUCAAACAUUCACAGACAAAUCUCUCGAGUGCCGCAUGCAGUUAUUGGAAAUUCGGAAGUGCCAACGUUACCGGAAAAUGGUCAAGUGACGGAUGUACUGUUCGAGAAUCAAACAAUUCAUUCACAGUCUGUGAUUGCAACCAUCUUACCAAUUUUGCUGUGCUUAUGAGUCCAUUUGUCGAAGCUGACUCGGAGUCCAUUCCACUUCGAGUUGUCUCGAUUGUCGGCAUUGGACUUUCUAUGUUGUGUCUGCUGAUAACUAUCCUGAUACACGUAUGCCUUUGGAGGUAUCUGAAGAGUGAAAGGGCAGUCCUCUUACUCAACCUCAGUAUUGCUCUGAUGUCCUCUUAUAUCAUAUUUCUGGCUGGAGUUGACCGAACAGAAAGCACGGUUUUUUGCGCUGUGGUGGCGGCAUUGCUGCAGUACAUAUACUUGGUGGUAUUCUGUCUGAUGUUAGCUGAGGGUAUUGAACUAGCAGUGACAGUUCUGUAUGUGUUUGCAACAAGGUCUCGACUCCGGGUUCUAGUCGUUUCUGCUUGGCUUUUACCAGCGAUAGUUGUUGGCAUUUCGCUAGGAGUAACUAAAACGGAAGGCUAUGGAAAUGAACAUUUCUGCUGGCUUUCCAUCUCCCGUGGUCUAAUAUGGUCUUUUAUCGGACCUGCCAUAGUCAUAAUAAUCUUAAAUAUUAUCUGCAUUAUACUGGUUAUAAAAAAAAUGUGUGGCAUGAAGUCAAUGGAGACGAAGACUUCUGCGGAGAAGAUAAAGACCAGUUUGCGUUCUCUGUGCGUGCUCGUGCCUCUGAUGGGCGUUUCGUGGAUACUCGGCAUCUUCUACAUCAACGAUGAUUUAUUUUUCAUGCAAUACCUGUUCGCAAUCUGCAAUGGGCUCCAGGGAGUGUUCAUCUUCAUAUUCCACUGUGUGCUUAACAAAAAAGUAAGACAGGCCUUGAAAAGAGACGCAAGUCGGCGUGAAACACUGCGUUCAACACUGCGUUCAACAAGACAGUCAACUUUUCAAUCGACUUUCCAGGGAGAAAACAGAUAUUCGUCUUCGAAUAAGUUCAACUCGGAGUCUAGAUCCGAAAAUGCAGAAUUCACCUCGUCCGAUUGGAGAAACAAGGUGUUCGAAAGCAAAUCAGAAUCCUCACGAGGGCCAUUUUAUAUGCCGCUUGCAGGCGAGAUGAUGAACAGAAUUAGGAGACCAGCUCUCUCCGUCAAUCCACGGGCACUACCGCGUCACUCUAGAGACGACACAGUAUUUGAUAACGAUGAUAGUACAUUAUCACACUAUAAUUCGUUUAAAUUAAAUAGCGUUCGCUUAGGUGGAACAUCCACAAAUAUUUGAAUCUGUAUUAUUAUAAACAUCAUCUACUACAAAUGUUGUAAAGCAGUCAACAAUGCAUCGUUGUUUCAACGUAGCGUUCAUAUUUUCAAUAACCUCACUCAUUACGAUUUGUGUGAUUGUAAGCUUACGCCAAAGAUAUGAGUUUACUUAACGAUAUUGACAUUUACUUUAUUUUUAUGUGCUGCAAUUUAGUUGUUUACAAAACAAUGCACCCAGGUAUGUGAUAAACCGAUAACAUUUUUUCUUAUUUAACACCGAAUUGAAAUUGUACAUUUCUCUGUUCACAGUAGCCUUAUGUUAUGGCAUAAUAUUGUGUGUUUUUUAAAUCAUUUUUUAAUUUUUAUAAUGAAUAUGUGUCUUAUGUCACCUUAUAAAAAAUGUGUGUUUCAAAGCCUUACAUUGAUUGGUACCAAGAGUGGUGCGACUCAAUAAAUCUGCGAAGAACGUUCUGUCACCCGAUAUUCUUAUAUUAGAUAACGCAAGUUCUAUUGCAAUUAUUAUGUGAUUCUCAUACCUGUUAUAUUGCAAAACCGCAAAUCUUCUGAAAACACAAAUAUAUUCGUAUUUUAUUUUACAAAUCACAAAUAUUGGAAUGUUAAGAUUGAUGUACUAUUUAAUAAUAAUGUACAACGUUAAUACAUUUUGCUUAAUUAUUGUGUUGACAGGUAAAAAUCGUUUUAUCAUGUUACUAACAUGAUUAGUUGUAAUUCCAAUAGUUAAAAGUAACAUACAUUUACUUUCUAUGUGUAUUUGCAUAUUCGCAAAAUGGAUAUUUUUUUGCCAAAGAGAUAAAUGUUAAAUGACGUUAAAUGUAAAAACUUAAUUUUAGAAAUGAUUUCGUUGAUUCUUCUUUGCCUUUUGUAUCAUAUUACUAUUUGAAUGAAUUCAGGAACACCCAUUCCGAUAGUAUUUUAUAAUUGUUUCUAUAAAGAUUAAAUAUUUUGGACAAACUCAUUU